AUCAAGUGAUCAAUUCUUUCUAUUUCUGCUUCACAUUUUUUUAAUUCUCCCCCAUAAAAGAAAGAAAUAUCACACCUUUCAUUUUCAUUCAACAUCCUCCCUCCACGUUUGAUUAUCUAUCUUCUCUUUCGCUGUGUGUUUUUAGCCACUAGAUGACGACGUCGUUUGCUGCCGCUGCCGUAGCCGCAGCCAAGGACCCUGCCAUCCCGAUUUUUCCGUCCACCUUCACCGGCUUGAACUCCGCUUCCACCUAUCUUCUCCUCUCCAAACGCCCCCAGCGUUUCCACUCCUCCGCCGCCACUCCACAUCACUCCUUCAUCAGAGCCGUCUCCACGCCUGUAAAGCCAGAUGCUCCUGUUGAGCAGAAACGCAGUAAGGUCGAAAUAAUCAAAGAGCAUAGUGACUUCAUAAGAUAUCCUCUCAAUGAGGAGUUGUUAACUGAUGCCCCUAACAUCAAUGAGUCUGCCAUACAAUUGAUCAAGUUCCAUGGUAGCUAUCAACAGUACAAUAGAGAUGAACGUGGGGGAAGGUCUUACUCCUUUAUGCUCCGUACUAAGAAUCCUUGUGGAAAGGUUUCAAACCAACUCUACCUGGCCAUGGAUGAUCUAGCCGAUCAGUUUGGGAUCGGAACACUUCGUUUGACUACUAGGCAAACCUUUCAACUUCAUGGCGUUCUAAAGAAAGACCUCAAGACAGUAAUGAGUACGAUCAUUAAAAGCAUGGGUUCAACACUUGGUGCAUGCGGUGAUCUGAACAGAAAUGUUCUUGCUCCUGCAGCACCCAUCUACCGAAAAGAUUAUUUGUUUGCCCAGGAAACUGCAGAAAAUAUUGCUGCACUCUUAACCCCACAGUCAGGUUUUUACUAUGAUAUGUGGGUGGAUGGGGAAAAAGUUAUGUCUGCAGAACCUCCUGAGGUAGUGAAGGCUCGAAAUGAUAACUCCCAUGGUACAAAUUUUACUGAUUCACCUGAGCCCAUCUAUGGAACUCAGUUCUUACCAAGGAAGUUCAAAAUUGCGGUAACUAUACCAGGAGACAAUUCUGUCGAUCUAUUUACAAAUGAUAUUGGCGUGGUGGUUGUGUCUGAUGCUGAUGGCGAGCCCCAGGGCUUUAACUUAUAUGUUGGUGGUGGGAUGGGGAGAACCCAUAGAAUGGAGAACACCUUCCCUAGGCUGGCAGAGCCAUUGGGUUAUGUGCCAAAGGAGGAUAUAUUGUAUGCUGUAAAGGCUAUUGUCGUCACCCAAAGAGAAAGUGGAAGAAGAGAUGAUCGCAAAUAUAGCAGGAUGAAAUAUCUAAUUAGCUCAUGGGGAAUUGAGAAGUUCAGAGCUGUCGUUGAGGGGUAUUAUGGAAAGAAAUUCAAACCUUGCCAUGAGUUGCCUGAAUGGGAAUUUGAAAGCUACUUGGGUUGGCAUGAGCAGGGAGAUGGUCGACUAUUUUGUGGCCUCCAUGUAGAUAGUGGUCGAAUCAAAGGGAUAAUGAAGAAGACACUACGAGAAGUAAUUGAGAAGUAUAAUUUGAAUGUCCGCAUUACCCCAAAUCAGAAUAUCAUUUUGUGUGACAUUCGUCAGGCAUGGAAGUACCCAAUCACUACUGUUCUCGCUCAGGGCGGUUUAUUGCAACCAAGGUAUGUUGAUCCUCUGAAUGUGACAGCAAUGGCAUGCCCAGCUAUGCCACUUUGUCCUUUGGCAAUUACAGAAGCUGAGCGUGGAAUACCUGAUCUCCUUAAGCGAGUCCGAGCUGUUUUUGAGAAGGUCGGCUUGAAGUAUAGUGAAACUGUGGUUAUGAGGGUAACUGGCUGCCCCAAUGGUUGUGCAAGACCUUACAUGGCUGAACUCGGCUUGGUUGGUGAUGGUCCAAAUAGUUAUCAGUUUUGGCUAGGAGGGACGCCCAACCAAACUACACUUGCAACAGUGUUCAAAGAUAAAGUUAAGAUUCAUGAUUUGGAGAAAGUUCUAGAACCUUUGUUUUAUCACUGGAAACGCAAGCGGCUCUCCAAGGAAUCAUUUGGCGAAUUUACAAACCGCAUGGGCAAAGAGAAGAUGUUGGAGUUGGUGGAUAAAUGGGAAGGAAUGCCACAAGGGCCAUUGCGGUAUAAUUUGAAGCUUUUUGCUGACAAGGAGACGUACGAAAAAGUGGAUGCUCUAGCGAAACUUCAGGGUAAGAGUGCUCAUCAAUUGGCAAUGGAGAUUAUCCGCAAUUUCGUGGCUUCCAACCAAAACGGUACGAUUGAGUGAACCGAAAAAUAUUAAUGGUGGUUAAGAUCUCAUUUGCUUGCCAGUGUUGCACCUAGUUUUUAUUUUAUUUUUUGAGGCUGUUGAAUUCUAGGUUUAGUUUUGUGCGAAGAAUAAUCGCUCAUGGUUCGCACUUGAAUCCUUUAUGUCAGAAGGUUUAUAAAGUAUUCUGUAUAUGAUUUAUACAAUUCUCAUAUACUAUUAGAUUGUAUUAUAUUCAA